AUGAACCGCUUCAACUUCUUUCAACCGCCCCACGGCGACGGGGGCAACCAACAACAACGACGACCCCUACGACGACCGGGCCCCGCUCUCCCCGCGCGUCGUCCCAUCAUCCCAGGACACCACCACCCGCACAACCCCCAACAUCAACAUCGUCCUGCACCCCUCCGACGACCUCGAAGCCAACAACACCCAGACCACCUCCCCGGCCGCGGCCGCCGCGACACCACCACGACAACAAACCGCCCACCACCGGCGAACUACGACGACGACGGCAACUCCUCCUCAGGAAGAAAGAGGAGGAAUACCCAAAGUCCCAAAAGUCCUGAAUUCCGCCUCGGCGCGCGCGACCUGCACCUCCCCGGCACGCGAGCUGCACCUGCCCGAGCUGGAGCGCACGUGGACGCAGGGGUCCAACGGCCCGCCGACGCGGCCGGGGACGGGUGGAGCAGCAGCGGCAGCGGCAGUGGGGGGUGGGGAUGGGGCGGAAGCGGGGGGUGUGGCGGCGCCGGAGCCGGCGGUGGUGCGUGCGCGGAGGCAUGGGUCGUCGAGGUCGGCGAGGGAGGGGCGGUCGGAACGGAUGCUGACUGCGCAGACCUCGCGCUGUCGCUCACCAAGAACGUCAACAGCAACGAGUUCACCAUCCUGAUGAUCAUCGUCCUACUGUUCGUCACUAUCUUCUUUUGCCACAGCCUUAUCCGCCUCUGCAUGCUGGUGGCCAAGGCGCGCAAACGGGCACAAAUGGUAGAGCGCGGGCAAGCCGCGCCGGAGAUGGUGGGCGCUGGGGGCUACACGGUCCCGCGCGAGCCCAUCCCCGUGGUGCUGGCCAGGGACGAGGAGGUGGCAGGCAUCCAGAGCGAAGCCACCAAGACUGGGCCACCGGCAUACGGCGUCUGGAGAGAGAGCGUGAGGGUUGAUCCCAACCGCCUCUACUGGAUGCGCAACCAACACCCGGCGGCAGCCGAAGAGGUGUCCGAUCUUAGUUCGAAUGGCUCCGGGACGGGGAGCACAGACCCCACGGUGAGUUCGAUGAGCUCACAGAGCAGUGGGCGCGCGCCUGUUCCUCGCCCGCCGUCGUAUUCCUCAGAUGAUGGCGUGAGCUACGUGGUCGAGGCCCGGCCGAGGUCUAUGGCACCGCGGGCGAAUGCUCCGCCGGUGCCGCAUCCGUCUCAGAACGGCAUGCUGGGAUCGUGGUUUUGA